GGGCUGCCCUGGGACUUCCCCUGCUAAAAACUUCCCCAGCGUUAGCCAUCUCAUGCUCUCUCUCUGACUGCCUUGCUGUGCUCCAGAGGCAACCAUGGGGAUCUCCUGGGCGAAUAAGCUCCAGCUCCUGCUAGGGGUGUCCUGGUGGUUUGGGGGCCUGGAGGCUCCUGCAGGGGCCCAGAACGUUUUGUGUUAUGGAACAUUUGAUGCGACUGCAGGGACUUGCAACGACCUCCUGGGGGACGGAGUAACCCAGGAUGACUGCUGCCUAAAUCACCGAUACGGUUUCCAGCUGGGCAGGAAUGCUCCCUGCCAGGCCUGCCAGGUAGCUGAGUGGAGUGGAUGGUCCCCAUGGAGUGCAUGCUCCGUUUCGUGCAGGGAAGGGGUCCAGCGGCGCAGCCGAACAUGCCAUGGCCGGGCCUCUGGAGGCACUUGUCAGGAGGGUUCACGCCAGUGGGAAAUGCAAACCUGCAGCCUGAUGGCCUGUUGUCCUGUGGUGGGAGGCUGGUCAGCAUGGAAUGCCUGGAGUGCCUGCUCAGUGACCUGCCUCAGAGGGUUGCAGACCAGGGAACGAACUUGCACCAAUCCAGUACCAGACUGUGGAGGCACCUGCCUAGGAAGCAGCACGGAAACACUACCAUGUGACACCCAGCAAAUCUGCCCAACCCAUGGAAACUGGGGCAGCUGGGGGAACUGGGAGGCCUGCCCUUCCACCUGCAUUCCUGAAGGCUCGGCUCCAAAACCCAGGCAGCAGCGCAGGCGUCAGUGCAACAGCCCCCCACCUUCCAGAGACCCCUUAGGCAACCGCUGCCAAGGAGAUGACCAAGAGCAUCGACCCUGCAGUGGAUUGCCCUCCUGUCCACAGGAUGGCAACUGGGGCAGCUGGAAGCCUUCCAGCUCCUGCUCGGUGACCUGUGGGGUUGGCCGAGUGGUGGAGAAGCGCCUGUGCGACAACCCUGCGCCAAAGCAUGGAGGGAGGGGCUGCCUUGGGCCAGACACUCGCAGUCACACCUGCAACACCAAGGUGCCCUGCCCAGUGGACGGGCGCUGGACAGAGUGGUCUGCCUGGAACGCCUGUGAGAGGAGAGGCACAGGUAUCGUCAUCGACUGUGAUGAGCUUACUGGAAUUCAGAAGAGGACCAGGAUGUGUGCUGGACGAGCCCAUAAUGGCAUGCGCUGUGCUGGGGGGUUAACUAUUGAAGUUAGAACCUGCUACAGCAUCCAGUCUUGCAAGAUGGAUGGAACCUGGACAAACUGGAGUCCUUGGGGCCUCUGUGAGCCGCCGUGUGCGGAGAAGCCCAUGAGAUCUCGUAAGAGGGAGUGCAAGCCCAUAUACCCCAAUUACUCAAUGACUGUGGCAGGAGAGAGUGGGAAGGUACAAAACGUCAGCUUUUGGGGGACCCCAAAACUCAAGUGUGAUCCCCUGGGGGGACAGAUGUUGAAGGUGGUGGAACAAGUACCGUGCCAAAAUGUACUGCCCUGUGAAGGCUGAUUUUGAAGAAGCUAUAGAUUUCAGUGCUGGUCGCUACUACUGAAGCCAGGAGCUAUGCUGAUGUUGGCUUCCUAUAAUCUUUGCAACUCCUGUUAUUUGCUUCCUCUUUUUUGCGGUGAUGACCAUGGGAAUCGGAGAAUAAUCAUUACAAUAAACUGAGUUGCUUUUUAUAUGUCAGCACACUUAUAAAUCAACACACUAUAUAAUGUAGAUAUUACUUCAUAUAAGGUUUACACUCCCCAUUCUUAGGGUUUUUUAAAAAUAUAUGAUUAUUACUCGUUUAUAUGAUUGUUGGUUGGAUUUUUUUAUAUUGUUUUUGAAAUUAAACAAUGUGCAUUGUAUAUCAA